UUUUUUUUGUCUUCUUGUUCUUCUUUUUCUUUUUUUUUUCUCUCUUUUUCUCUUUUCUUGUCAUUGCCAAGACAUAUUUUUUUUUUCUUAUCAUGGUAUUUAAACAUAACUUAUGUUUAAUACUAUGUAUUGUUAUACUCGCUUUUGUUCAGUCUAUUCAAGGACAUAGUUUGAACAAUAGAAGACUAUUAAGGGUUGAAGCUUUAACUAAAGUGAAAUUAGAUAUUGCACCUCGACCUGAUUCCUUUUUCACCAAACGUAGCUUAACACCCAAUCGACAAUAUCAACCACGAGCACAAUCUAUUGAACAUGACGACAUUUUACGACUUGCUUUUCAAGCAUAUAACCAAACACAUCACUUACAUCUUGUUCCUAAUCAAGAUUUAUUUCAUCCUGAAGCAGUUACAGUUAUCGACGGCAAACAAACCUCUCUCAAUCAUCAAGAAUACCGUGUUUAUCGAGGAUAUGUGGUGGAUCCAAAAUUAUCAGAACAACGUUGGACAGAAGAUCAAGCUGGAUUAUGGCGAGAUUAUGCUAUGGAACAAGAUCAUGGUAUUUUAGGUUGGGCUCGUAUACUUGUACGUCAUGAUAUCAAACAUGACUUGGCAUAUCCGGUGUUUGAAGGAGCUUUUAUGGUGAAUGAAGAUACUUAUCAUGUAAAGGCUUCUCAAAACUAUCAACGUGUGAAGAGAUCUGAUGAUGCUGAUCUACAUCAUGGUUAUGAUACAAAGAAUGAUGUCCAUAUGGUGAUUUAUCGUGACUCUGAUACUGUAGUGGUACCUGUGGUAAAGCGUGAUGGAUCUAUCGAUAUGGGUGAUAGCUGUGGAUUUGAUCGAUUAUUGUACAACAAUCAACAUGCUCGUUAUGACACUUCUUCUUCCUUACUUUCCAAUUUGGAUUAUACGAAUCCUUUCCAACAAAGUCAAGAUAUACAACGUCGACAUCACUAUGACAAAUUUAUUGGUAUUGAACAUAAAGCAAUGAUGGGUGCAUUGACAAAACGUGCUCCUUCUGGUUGUCCAACUACCAAAAAGAUCAACUAUAUGGGGGCAGCAGCUGAUUGUACCUAUACCAAAUACUAUCAAAGCGAUGUACAAGCUCGUAUGCAAAUCAUCAAUGAUUGGAAUUCAGCCUCUGCAGUAUAUGAACGUCAACUCAAUAUCGGACUUGGACUUAUCAAUAUUACUAUCAUGAAUUCUGUUUGUCCUACCUCGGUUGAUAGCAAUAAUCCUUGGAAUCGUGAUUGCUCCGAUAGUUAUAGUAUCUCAACUCGGUUAUCUGAUUUUAGUCAAUGGAGAGGCAAUAUCGCAGAUCAAGCUGGAUUAUGGCAUUUGAUGACAAAUUGCCCAACCGGAGCAGAAUUAGGUGUGGCGUGGACCAAGGCACUUUGUCAAACAAAAGCUACAGCUCAAAGUUCUCAAACACCUGGUGGUGGUACGGAAUAUGUUUCUGGUACUGGUGUAUCUUCUGUUGUUCGUGAUGAAUGGAAAGUGGUAGCACAUGAAGUUGGACAUGGUUUUGGCGCCAUACAUGAUUGUACUGCUCAAAAUUGCCCUUGCAGUGGUUCUGGUUGUUCUUGUUGUCCUCUUAGUAAUACCCAAUGUGAUGCUGGUGGCACUUAUAUUAUGAAUCCUGUCAACAAUGCUUCAGCCGGUGAAUUCAGUCCAUGUACUCUAAAUACAAUUUGUGGUUUAUUCCCAUCUAUUGGUUCAUGCUUAAAAGAUCCUGGUACACUUCCUACGACUGGGUUGAAAAUGUGUGGUAAUGGUAUCAAAGAAGAUGGUGAAGAUUGUGAUCCCAAUGGUCAAGAUACUCCUUGCUGUGAUGCAAAGACAUGUAAAUUCAAACCUGGGGCAAAAUGCGAUGAUUAUAAUGAUCUUUGUUGUAGUAAUUGUCAAGUACGACCUGCCAAUUAUACUUGUCGACCUGCAACAGGAGGAUGUGACAUAGCUGAAGUAUGUGAUGGUACGACUGGUAAUUGUCCUGCUGACAAAUUCAAGGAUGAUGGAAGCGACUGUGGAAAUGGAUUACAAUGUGCCUCAGGGCAAUGUACCUCUCGUGAUGCUCAGUGUAAGAGUCGUGGAUCUGCUAUGAAUAUUACUCGUUCAUGUGGCGGAAUGACAGGAGGUGGAAGUUGUCAAAUGUCAUGUGCUGAUCCUCAUGGAUUUGCUAGCUGUUAUAUCUUUACUGGUUACUUUUUGGAUGGAACUCCAUGUGGUGUUGGUGGUGCAUGUAAACAAGGAAGCUGUAGUAUGGAAAACUUUGGAACCAAUGCUAAGAAUUGGAUUGAUAAUCAUUUACAAAUUGUGAUUCCCGUGGCAAUUGUGGUUGGACUUUUACUAUUAUUCUGUAUAUCUCGAUGUAUCUUUAGUGGAACACGUGGAUAUCGAAAUAUCAAUGGUGAUAGCUACGUUGUAACCACUAUCCCUGGUCAAGCUCCCGGUAUCUAUGCUCCUCAAGGUUAUCCUCCUCCUGGCAAUGGUCAAUAUUAUGCUCCUCCUCCUCCUCCUCCUCCUAAUGCACCUCAUGGUUGGGUUGAUCCAUCCCUUUAUAAUGGACCUUCACCUAUGGCACCUCCUCCAUCUUAUACACCCAACUCCGGUAAUCGAGAUGUUUAUGAAAUGAAUCCUACCAACCAAUGGACAGGUCAAAACAAUAGUACCUCACCUUCACCUGCUCCUGUUACUCCACAUUCUCCUAUGAUCAACAACAGUAAUAAUCAUGGUGGUACUCGGCGAUAUAACGAAGGCGCUGUAUAGUUAGUUACUUUAUUAGUAGUGUUUUUAGAUUAUUAUUAUUUUUAGUAUCAUUUGUUGUAUACCAGUUCUAUUCAUGUCAUUAUCUCUUGUGUAUAUUUUUUUUAUCAUCAUCAUUAUUAUUAUCAUCAUUAUUUGAUGAGUUCAAUUUCAAUAAAAAUGACUUUUCUUUUUUCUCUCUC